AUGUUUUAUCUUCGAUUCUUUUCUAGGUUUUGGCACCCUGAAAAUUUUUCUGUCAACCAUGGCUGCUGCUCUGGCAAUCGUUUUCAAAUCGAAAGAAUUGCUCAGCCCAGAAUUAUGGAAACAUUUGAAAGAAAUCGGAAAUGCUUCGUUGUAAGUUUUACCGAUGUAUGUGUUGUAUCGAUUUGAAUCUUAAGAAUGAGAGUCAUAUCAUCGCAUCACAUUGUUGUCGUAUGGUUAUUGUGAUCGUUGUGGGCGUACUGUAUAAAAGGCGGGAAAACGCGAGUGACCAAAUCACGAUUCGUUCAAGUUUUGAAUCUGAUUGGUUUAGAAGGUGGCGCGAACUUUCUGGACCAAUCACACGACGAGGUUAAGCAAAAUCAAAGCAAUCAUCGAUUACUUUCGACACUCAAUUCAAAAAUACUCUACUACAUGCAGAAUGCAACUCUAAAGAUCAAAACAAGAUGCAGUAACAUAUUUGCAGGAUCAGGAUUUCGUUGCUAAGCUGGUUUUAUAAUUAUAAUCAUAAUUUCAUAAUUAUUGUGGAACGCGUUCUAGUACUCAUGGAAUGUUGUUUUUAAAGACCCACAUUGGCCUUGGCUAUUUUUCUGGUGUUGUUCCAGUUGUUUCUAACACAUUUCGUCUUCCGUGACUCGACUUAUAUUGUUGUGUAUUUGCUGAAUCUUUGUUGCGUGAUACGCACGCCCUGAACAACUGAUCUACUGAUGACAAACACGUGUAGGCAUUUAUAACUAGUACUAGGCCUGACAGAGUGCAGUCUAAUUCGGUCCGUAAUUCAUUAAGUGAUUGACAAAAUUAUUACAGCACGCGUAUAACGCGUAUAGCCACAGGCAUGUUGCGUUAAAUGGCCAGUUACAAGCAUAACGUGAACCAUACACUGUCCCAUUAGUGCACUAACCAAAACUAUAGCGAAAUUCUCGAACGUGAUUGGUGAUCACCAGCUUGAUUUGAGCACUAAUAGGACAGUGUCAUGUUUGUAAUUGGACAGUGUAAUAGGACAGUGUCAUGUUUGUAAUUGGACAGUGUAAUAGGACAGUUAAAGGGACACUUUACACGUCAUGCCUGUGUAAGUGGACAGAACGCGUCAUGUACUGUUGUCUCGCAUUUCGCCGAGUAACUGUUCCUUUUUUUUUUCUUUUUCUCUUUUCAAUGAAAACUCAGAACCACAACCGAUGUCUUGUACAACUACAGACCGUAUUGGACUCCGCUCGGUCCUAUUUGGCUGUUUUUGACCAAUGGCGUAGCAAAUGUUAUUAUCGUGUUAAUUGUAUAUGUCAUAUUUAGUGGUCAACUCACGCCUCGCCGAGAGAACGUUCAAUACAAAGUUGUGGUAGAUUAAUUGAACGUCGCCGACAGAGACGUCUCUGAUAAGAAGGUUUUUGGCAUAUAUCCACAUUUUUAUCGUUGUUUGGGUGCUUAUUGUUGUUAUUCAUUUUGUUGUCGUGCUAAUGGGUGUUGUUGUUUUCGUUCCUGUGAUGGUUGUUGUUGUUGCUGUAGUUGUGGUUGUUGAUUUGUUGUGUGUUGUACCGGUUGCAUCCAGGUUAAUUAGUAAUUCUCUUAAAUUCACAUCUUGCUUAUGGGUCACUUAGCUUAAAAUAUUCAGCCCGUAUCGUGUACACUUUAUUUUUGGUCUCUUUCUCUCUUUCAGGCGGCUAUUCUCCAUCAUGUCGUACUUUUUCUUCUUCUACAACAUAAUUCUUAUAAUUUUCUCUGCUUUUAUGCGAAUUCUAAAGGCCAUGCUUUUAAGAGUGAUUUUCAUCUCACGUAUCGAUCGAACAUCACUGAUGCGGGGUUUUCAGGCUUGGGACAAAGGUACGUAGCACGCACCCAGUACAAGCAAUUUAUAAGUGACAGAGGCUAUGUGAAGGAAGAUAUACAACAUACACACCUAUUGUGCUGCCAUGUUGUUCGCUAUUUCCUAAAACAGCUUUUAACUAAUGAAAUUAAUGUUUCUGAGACUUCAGCGACGAAAGGAAAGGAAAGCAGAAAUUUCUCAGUGACAAGAUCCAACAAAUUGCCUAGAACGCAGCAAACGGUAGUGGCUCAGUAGCGAUUCGUAAUAGCUUCACGUCUGAUUGUUCGAGAGGGUUGCACGAGAUUUAUAGAGUUGUCGUUGUGCUAACCAAAGCAUAACCUAUGUGAUCCUGGACAACCUUCGAAUCUCACUUCAAAGUUUCUUAAUUUUCUUUCUAGCUUUUGUCGCAUACCUUGGUUUUGUGACUGUACUGGUUGUCCAUAG